AUCUCUAUAUGUUGAUUGUUUACGAACCUGUUCAGUACCUAAAGUGUUAAACCUAAUAUUUCUGCACGGCAUCUGCUCGAACAAAGACAAAUUGUUAAAUUGCUAGAAAUGUACUCAAAAUCUCACUUCCGCUUAGUUGCACUACAACUAUUCAGUUACCGUUCGUUGUCAACCGUUUCCGGAGUGCCAUCAUGUAAUAGAAAGAUUCGUCCGAUUAGUAAAAUGUGUGGCUGGCAGAUACAUUCCUAUGGGAGCCUUGAUGAAGUCGGAUUCAGCAGCAGUUUGAAAAUGCCAACGCUUACUUCCCCAAACCAGCUGCUAGUCAAAAUCACGGCUUCUUCCGUUAAUCCGAUUGAUGUAGCAAUGAUAAAGGGUUACGGAGCAUCGGUACUUAAUGCAAUGAGGUGUAACCACAUUGAAUUCCCUAUCACCGUGGGGCGCGACUUUUGCGGAGAAAUCGUACAAAAAGGCCUAGGCGUAUCUAGUCGAGACUUGGAUAUAGGCGACGAAGUUUGGGGUGUAGUUCCUGUGCACCAACAGGGAUGCCAUGCUGAAUAUGUUGUAGUCGACCGGUAUUGCCUUUCGAAAAAGCCGGAGAACCUUAGCAAAAUCGAUGCAAGUGCCGUACUAUAUGCAGGACUGACGGCAUGGUCCGGACUUUACAUCUCUGGUCAUUUGGGCGGUGUACUGGGAGCAAUUUCUCCCGUGGGAGGCGGUCGUGGUAAAAAGGUACUUGUAUUAGGAUCUGCAGGAGGCGUAGGGACACUAGCCGUUCAAAUGCUGUUGGCUGAAGGAGUGGAGGUGUAUGCCACGUGCUCGUCAGAUGCCGUUGAAUCUGUUCAAAAUUUGGGUGUACCUUACGUGUUUGAUUAUAACGAUCCAGAACACGUGCAAAAUUUGGCGAACGCGGGCAGAUUUGACAUAAUUCUGGAUUGCGCAGGAAAGGGAACAGAAUAUGCCACAGAGAUUCCUUGGAAAUUUGAGCAAUACAUCACCUUUAACUCACCUGUACUUAAAAAUAUUGACGAUAAUGGUUUCGCCACCGGGAUGUACCAAAAUGCAAUGAGUAUCGUUCGUAACAAUGUUGCUGCGGCCAACGCGCAGAAGGGACUUGUAAAGUGGGGUUAUUUCGUACCGGCACCACAGGGUGUUGCAUAUCUACAAAAACUUGUAGAAACCGGAAAACUGUUACCUAUUAUUGAGAAGAUAUUUUCGUUUGAACAAACGCUAGAAGCAUACGCACGUGUUGAAGCAAAACAUUUGCGUGGAAAAAUUGUGAUAAACUACAAUUAAGAUGUCGAAUUAGCAUACUUUUAGCAACUGAAUGGAUACUUUUUGUAUGAAUAAAGCAAAUUGAUUAAAAGCUAUUUUUUGGAUCAUCAGCCUUAUUCUGCAAUACGGCCAAUCGCUUUUUCGAACGAAUGUGUUCACAGUACAAAAUUAAAACACAUUUUAAUAAAAAAAAAUUGAAAAAUCAACAUUACAUCCAAGUGCACCCAUAUCUCAGAGAAAGAAACCAGUGCUGACUUAAUAAAAUUCUCUGCUAUUAUGGACAGUAUUUUUACAUCUUUGAAUAUUUCUGACCCUCUUAAGAGCAUCCUGAUAAUCUUUCUCCCCACAGUACAAGCAUUCUUAACGCAGUUGACUACAAAAUGGCCCUUCCUUUCAGUGAUUCUAUCCUUCGGUGGCUAUUUCAUCGCACAAGGUCACGGAUU